CAAAUAUCCUCUAACUUUUUUGAAGAACCAUAGAUUCAUAGAAGCUCUAUAGCCUAUAAUAAGCCUCAACCAAACUGCAGGCUAUAUUUUUAAAGUGAAACUACAAGCUAAGCUAAGACAGCCAUGGAAGAAGAACAUGCCAUCACAACUCCGCCGUGCUCCUCCGCCACCUCCACCGUCCCUGCCACCUCCUCCUCCGCUUCAUGCACCUCCAAUUCUGCGAAUUCCGACGGUUCAAAUUCAUCGGCGGCCGCCACCUUUCCCAAGAAGAGCUUGAAGAGAGUUAAUAAUGGAGGCAAGAAUGGGGACGAAAACAAGAAAAGCAGGAAAAAUGGAGGGGCCAAUUUGGAAUAUCCGAGUUAUAGCGGGGUGCGAAAGAGAAUUUGGGGAAAAUGGGUGUCCGAAAUUCGAGAGCCGAAAAAGAAGUCGAGAAUAUGGCUGGGGACCUAUCCCACGCCAGAAAUGGCGGCUCGCGCCCACGACGUCGCGGCUUUAGCCAUCAAGGGCCACUCGGCUUCGCUCAACUUCCCUCACUUGGCUCACCACCUCCCCCGCCCGGCCUCCACUUCCCCCAAGGACAUCCAGGCCGCCGCCGCCAGGGCUGCCGCCACCACAUUCCCGUCGACGGACGCCGGCGAAGACGGAGCCCAGCCGAGAGCAGCUGACAACACCCAACAACAUUUGCUGACAACCAAUGUCGUCGACGAUGACAUAGUUUUCGACCUACCGGAUCUUUCCCUCGUGAGUGGUAUGGACGAUGAGUACGGCCAGAUUUCACCGUCGCCGCUCGCCGGAAACAAUGCCGGAUUCCAGCUCGAUGAGCCAUUUUUAUGGUAGCAUGUACUAUUUCUAGCUAGCUAGAUGAAUAUAAUUCGCGAUAUAAAUACAUAAUUUCUCUAGCUA